AUGAAAUUCGGAGGGCCAGCCAGUAGCAAUCCACCAGUUCAAGGAUCGUUGCAGGAACUCUAUACCCACCCAGUCGAGCUGAUGUACCCAGUGCCUAAAGCGAUCAGUUUCGUCGUCGUUGGGAUGGACAAGCCAUUGCAAGAGAUCAGCCUGGGAGCAGCCGCUAUUCGGGAGGUCGACAUCGUGGCCGUCUGGCGGUACGCUAACACAUUCCCGACUGCCAUUGCGUUACUACAAAGAAAGCAGAUAGACGUGUCGUCUCUCAUCACCCAUCAAUUCAGUUACGCAGGACACUCGACACCAGAAGACGUUCCUGGCAGGAAAUCAACGCCAGCAAAGUAG